GGCUGCGGUCAUGUGACCUGCCUAGGAGGAAACGCGCCCGGGCUGUGGCUGAGCGAAGCAGCUGCUUUGGUGCCGGAGCUGCAAAGCGGAUCCGGGGCGCUUUAUUUCAUUUUAUUUCUGGAACAAAUCUCUGCUGCGGAGCGAGGAUGGCCUGGACCAAGUACCAGCUCUUCCUGGCCGGGCUGAUGCUGGUCACCGGCUCCAUCAAUACCCUCUCGGCCAAGUGGGCAGACAGGCUGAGUGCGCGAGGAUGCAACGCCACAAGCGAAGAGCACAACUUCCAGCAUCCCUUCCUCCAGGCCGUGGGCAUGUUCCUGGGGGAGUUCUCCUGCUUGGCUGUCUUCUACCUCCUGCUCUGCCAUGACCGCAGGAGGCCAGAGCCCAGCAUGGACCCCCCUCAGUCCUACAACCCUCUCCUUUUCCUGGCUCCAGCCCUGUGCGACAUGACAGGGACUAGCCUCAUGUAUGUGGCUCUGAACAUGACCAGCGCUUCCAGCUUCCAGAUGCUUCGAGGGGCCGUGAUCAUCUUCACCGGCCUUCUCUCGGUGGCCUUCCUUGGACAGAAGCUGGUGCUCAGCCAGUGGCUGGGCAUCCUGAUCACCAUCGUGGGACUGGUGGUGGUCGGCUUGGCAGACCUGAUGAGCAACGGAGACCACGAGCACAAGCUCAGCGAGGUCAUCACAGGGGACCUUCUGAUCAUCAUGGCCCAAGUGAUUGUCGCCAUCCAAAUGGUGCUGGAACAGAAAUUUGUCUACAAGCACAACGUCCACCCCUUGCAGGCUGUGGGCACGGAAGGGUUUUUCGGCUUCCUCAUCCUCUCCCUCCUGCUGGUGCCCAUGUACUUCAUCCCAGCGGGCAGUUUCGGGAGCGGACCGCGCCGCGUCCUGGAGGACGCCCUGGACGCCUUCUGCCAAAUCGGCCGGGCGCCGCUCAUCGCCGUGGCGCUGCUGGGCAACAUCAGCAGCAUUGCCUUCUUCAACUUUGCCGGCAUCAGCGUCACCAAGGAGAUCAGCGCCACCACCAGGAUGGUGCUGGACAGCCUGCGCACCGUGGUCAUCUGGGCCGUCAGCCUGGCUGUGGGCUGGGAGGUCUUCCAUGCCCUCCAGAUCCUGGGGUUCUUCAUCCUCCUGCUGGGCGCCGCCAUCUACAACGGCCUACACCAGCCCCUGCUGGCACGGCUGCCCUGGAGGAGGGCGGCGGAUGCAGAUGCGGAUAGGGAGGGCCUCUUGGCCGCGGAUGGAGCGUCCAUCAACGGAGACAGCUGACCGCCAAGCAGCACCCUUGUCUGCUCCAGAGCUUGGCCAGACCUCUGCUGGGUGGGCUGGCUAGCUUCUCCGGCUGGAGCACGAGACUGGUUUGGGGGUCUGCGUUGCCGUGAAAUUUCGAGGCGUUGCUCUGCCACCUGGCUCCUUGAGCAACUGCCAAGGAGGUGCCCUCUGCUUUUGCUUGACCACAUCUCUCAUCGUCCCUGGCCAUGAUGGGAGCUGGAGCUCCAACGUGAGCUUGACAUUGCCUGCUUUAAGCAAUUGGUUGAUGGUUUCCUAUCGCUGGCUGGUAGGCCUUCAGAAAUUGGCCUGUGAGGCAUCUCUGGGCAGCUCGACUCCCAGACUGGAUGGGCUUGCUUUGUGGGGACCCCUAACACCACCUUCCGGGACUUUCCCCCAACUUCCUUCACCCAAAGGUGAUAAGGGAGGCCAUUGCCGUGAGGUUUCCCAACAACCCUUUCCAGGAAGGAAUUCCCUCUUUCCGUCCCUUCUGCUAAACAAAAUAUUUCUACUUGCUCUCAUCCCCGCCCAAAAGGAUGCCCAGAGUGGUACACAUGCCCAGAGUCCAGAACUCUCCUCCGCACUAUUUCCCAGAAUCCCCUCUGAUGCAGCAACAAAGUCUAACCUCCCCCAGGUGGCCGCCUCCAAGGUGUUUUCGACAGCAGCACCAUCUGGGCUGUGGCAGAUGGAAGUUGUCACCCCAAACAUCUCGAAAGGGGGUCCCAGGCUGAUGGAAGUCUGCUCUAACUUGGCAGUUCGAUGUUGUUUUUCCCCACUGGGUCUGUUCCAAACCUCCCCAAGAAAAGCAAAUGAGCGUCUUUUUCUUAGGCCUCCCCUGUUUCUAUCACACUUGGGGUUCUGCUGGAGGCGGCGCCCCAGAUCGGGUCCCUUGAGGCUGGAGUUCAAAUCAGUGGCAUGGGAAUCACUUCACAACCCUCACACCAGUGGCACUGGGCGCAGUUGUGGGUGACCUGAGAGUCCGUCGCCCUGUGGCACGGCGGGUCUCUGGGCCUUGCCUAUCAGAUCAGCUUUGGGCUGCCAAAAUUACUGGGGGAACCCACUGAUAGGGGCUCCUUCCCCGACGGAUCACGUAGCUGCGAUUGGGAGCUGUGGGGAAGGGAACACCCCAGGAAUGCCCCCACGUAUGACGCUGCUGCUGCCUUGUCCACUUUUGGGGUUGUUUACAACAGUGUCUCUGCUUCUUCCUAAGGCUGGAGCUGAGUGACGGGGAUCGAAGGGAUCCUCGAUGCUCCCUUAGCAUACUCAAGAGGAGGCAGCACCCCUGUUCCUUCAUCCCUCAUGUGACGGAUUAUUCCCCCUCGUUCCAAGCAUUUGGAGGGGGGCCAGAGAGCUCACUCCUCAACCCUCUCCUGAUUCUGUUCGGAGCCUGCGAAAUGUGUUGCCCCCCAGCUAUCGCGAGUCCUGGGACCUCUUAAUUUCCCACUGCUAGCAAGGUGAAGGCGAGAGCUAAAGUCUUGCCCAGUUGUAGGGGACUUAAGAGGGCUCUCUGGUGCCAUUUUGGGGUCCGGUCGUAUGGAGG